GUCAUGAAUGGUUCUAUUUAAGGCGGAGUAGAAGUUAAGCACCCGUGAUUUCAUCAGCAACAAUCAACCUGAGAAAGUGCGAAAUGUCAAUUCUUGCGGUAAUAGGAUUGACGGCAGUGUUUUGUGCCAGCGUUAGCGGCAUUGAUUGUCCAACUCCGUUUGGUUUGAAAAUAGCAACUGGUUCAGUAGUGGACGUUUAUGACUCUGAUGGUAAUAAGGUUACAGAUACAGGGGUCAAGGUGGAUGGCUCUUCGUCGUACCGAUUUGCGGCGAGUGUCGACGUCGAAUCUUCAAUGAUUAAUGUUGAUUCAUUCAGAGUCAUAUCGAAAGCGCAUGCUUAUGGCGUAUACUGGAUAGAUUUGGGCAUAAUUCAAGUGCCAAUGCAAUGGGAUACAGCAUUUGAUUGCAUCGUUAAAGAACCAUAUAGCUGUGAUAUGUCUGACGUAACUUGUGAGGGAAUAAAGGGCAUACUGGAUUUGAACAGCAACAGCGAGUUUUCUUGUCCACUUGUGCAGUCUACUGUUACUAUCCUAACCAACUUGACACACAUUCCAGACAUCAAAAGCACAUUUCAAGGUUUAUUAUCCCUUGGCCAUGUGACAGACGCUCAUGYAGAACUCACUGCGGAGUUCAGGGAUUCAAGUGGCGUACAAAGAGGAUGUCUCAAAGAAAAAAUAAAUGUAGAUUUAUCAUAAAUGUUCUUAUAAGAGUACUGUUCACGAUUCUGAUUCAAAUAAUUGCAUACAAUAAAGGGUAAACUAGAAUCGA